AGGCUAAAGAAGUUUACCAAAGAACUCAGGGAAAGCAGCAAGUUCUUCCACUGGACUCAAUUUACAGGAAAAACUUGCCAGAAUGGGACAAGUAAGUCUGAAGUCUGUCUUUUAAUCUUGUGUGCCUUGUAAUCUUUGAUUGUCUCCUGCUGUGCCAGUAGAUUGUCUCCUGCUGUGCCAAUAGAUUGUCUCCUGCUGUGCCAGUGGAUUUUCUCCUGCUGUGCCAGUGGAUUGUCCCCUGCUGUGCCAGUGGAUUGUCUCCCGCAGUGCCAGUGGAUUGUCUCCCGCUGUGCCAGUGGAUUGUCUCCCGCUGUGCUAGUGGAUUGUCUCCUGCUGUGCCAGUGGCACUCAAUGAAGUGUUUAUUCAUUAAAUGAUUAAGAGUAAGGGUUAUUUCCCCUUGUUUCCCCGUCUCACUCCUAGGAGACAUGUAUGAAUACAUGAAUUGUAAUGUCCUAGACCAUUGUCAUAUGAGAGGUAUUGACCUAUUUGAAUACAUUAAUUAUCUUUGUCUAGACCACUUCCACAUGAGAGAUAUCGGCCCAACUACAAGCCAGCGGGGAACCCAGUCUAUGCCAGGAAUUUGUUGGACUUCACCAAAGAUGAGGAGAGCUGUAGAGUAGGUCAGUGCUUGUUGUACACCUCAAGUAGGUCAGUGCUUGUUGUACACCUCAAGUAGGUCAGUGCUUGUUGUACACCUUAGAGUAGGUCAUUGCCUGUUGUACACUUCAGAGGAGGUCAUUACUUGUUGUACACCUCAGAGUAUAUUAGUUCUCAUUGUACACCUCAGAGUAGGUCAUUGCUUGUUGUACACUUCAGAGUAGGUCAGUACUUGUUGUGCACCUCAGAGUAGGUUAUUGCUUGUUGUACACCUUAGAGUAGGUCAUUGCUUGUUGUACAUUAUAGAGUAGGACAGUGCUGUUUGAAAACCUCAGAGUAGGUUAUUGCUUGUUGUACACCUUAGAGUAGGUCAUUGCUUGUUGUACACUUCAGAGUAGGUCAGUGCUUGUUGUGCACCUCAGAGUAGGCCAGUCCUUGUACACCUCAGAGUAGAUUAGUUCUCAUUGUACACCUCAGAGUAGGUCAUUGCUUGUAUACUUCAGAGUAGGUACAAACACAAGUCAUAGCAGGAUGAGAAGACCUCUUAUAUGACUACUUUAUUUUGUAAUGUUUCUCUUAAAGUAGCGUACGUUAUGAAAGCUAAUGAAACUGAAAAGUCUCAACUUGGCUAAUUACUUGAUACAUCUAUUGAUUAAGAGAUUAUCUUAAAAAGCAAAAAAAAAAAGCAACCUCAAGGUUCAGGGUGAAUAUUCCAGGGCAUUUCAGAUGACACGGGGCCUAAGACAAGAUGUACUCCUACUUCUGGCAACAAAAGGAAAUCUCUUCAGUUUUUUUACUGUGGUCUGAUACUUGUUAUACUUCUUUACUUUUUGUCUUGUUUUCUGAUGAAGGCUCCAAGCCCAAACGUCAAACUCUUUUGUCCUGUCAAUGAACUCAAGUUUGGCAUACCUUGUUCUUAUAUUUCAUUUACACAACUUGAAUGCAGUCCAUCAAUUAUUAUCUUUUAUUGUGAGACUAGUAGACUCGCUGUCUUGUAUGUUAUUUAACCUAACAUUAGAGAGCGUUAAAGGAAUCAUAAAUAUUGACACCUGAAGAACAAGAGAAACGAGCGAAACGAAGCAUGGAAAAACCUGAAAAAAAGAACAGAAAAAUAAAAGAAAGAAUUUUGGCCAGUAACAGGGCGUACUUUAGUAGUCACAAAAUACUCAGUAGUGAAAACAUUACAAAAAAACUAUGUAUAAAACUGUAAUCAGACCAGUAGUAACAUACGCAAGUGUAACAAUGGCAGAAAACCUAUUAAUUAAACACAUGGGAGAGAAAAGUUCUCCAUAAAAUAUACAGACCAACAAAGGAUGAAUAAGGACGGAGAAUACGAACCAACCAGGAAUUGUACAGGUUAUAUCAGGAUUCCACGCUAGUAGCAGAAAUAAAAAAAGGGUUAUAAGGCUACGCUGGGCAGGACACUUAGGAAGAAUGCCAAAUGACAGAGGAGUAAAGAGGGUGCAUCAUCAAAACCCCAGAGGAAAAAGUCUCAAAGCCAGACCUAGAAAUAGAUGGAUCGAUGAUGUGGAAAAAAAUCUACAGCAGCUGGUGAUCCAAGCAUGGAAAUGAAAAGCAUCAGUUAGGUCUGAGUGGGAGGAAGUGGUGAGGCAGGCGGAAGACCUACGUCAGCUGUUGCACCACAGAGAUGGAUCUAUAUUAAAUGCAUUAAAAAAUUAUACUUUUUAUUCCAUUAAAAUAUUCAACUGGGCGAUGAGGUCUUACAUGAAUUAACUUUAAAAAUGAAAGAUCAGCCCUGGGUAAGGAGUAUAGUAAGUCCACAAUAUGGAAUGGUUUGGCUGUCUCAGUCUAAACCAUUGGAAACUAUUACAUUGUUGUUUGCGGCUAGAUUAUCGUGAGUUUCUAGUUCCCAAAUAGAACUCUGUAACCAGUAAGUGAGUUCUAAAAUGUACUUAUCAUAUUAUAAAGUCACAAAAAUUGAAUUAACAUAAAGUCACAAAAAUUGAAUUAACAUAAAGUCACAAAAAUUGAAUUAACAUAAAGUCACAAAAAUUGAAUUAACAUAAAGUCACAAAAAUUGACUUCACCACUAAUUACCCAUUCAAAUAACAUGAUUCAUCCCCAGUGUUUGGUAUGUUGCUAGGAGACACCCUCAUCUUAGACAACCUUGAUCAAGCCAACUUGUACCGGCAAGAGGUAAAUAUUCUAUGUCUAAAACUCUAUUUUGUCAACAAAGCCAACUGGUACAGGCAAGAGGUAAAUAUUCUAUGUCUACAACUAUUGUCAACAAAGCCAACUGGUACAGGCAAGAGGUAAAUAUUUAAACUGUAGAUUUGAGCCAAAUAUGGAAAUAACUUUUGAAUGGGUCUCACAUUGAUGACGUGUCAGAUUUUAUUUUAAUGAGCAUUUUGCAUUGACUUUUCAGAUCAUUAAAUACACUCACUGCCCAACAAUUCUGACCAGGAGCGGAGAUCGUAUCCGCAGCAAUGGCAAGUUUGGAGGUGCCAUGAACAAGGCCCCGCCCAUGGACAAGCUGAAGGGCUCGGUGUUUGGGCAACCGUUGCCCAUAGCAUAUCAUGCCGUGUGUACUCAAAUUGGUACGAUAUUUACACUAUUUUGUUUUUAACCAGACAAGGGCAAUGAAGAUCUGUCAUUUGAAGUGAAACAGAUUUACCUACUAUAAGUGUAAAUACCUUCCAGUAUAUACGAGUAAAUACCUUCUACUAUAAGUAUAAAUACCUACCAUAAGUUUAAAUACCUACCAUAAGUUUCAAUAGCUACCAUAAAUAUACUUGGCAAAUGUUAUCAGUAGAAAUGGUAACUCUGAUUUCAGACACCCUAGAAAAGUACAAGUCUGCUCUGGUGGCCAGCAUCCAAUCACAGGAUGAUCUGCAGGAGCAGGUCAACUUACAGAAAGUUCCAGAAACUAUGGAAAAGUACAAAGAGUGUAAAGAUGCAGAGACUCGUCUGAAAGAGGUGGAACAUAAGCUUGGUAUGUUAUGUUACUGUGCACUUGAGGUCAUGGGGUAUAUUAUGUUACUGUGUUUGAGGUCAUGACCUAAUAUUAUGUUACUGUGUGUUUGAGGUCAUGGGGUAUGUUCUGUUACUGUGUGUUCCAGGUCAUGACCUAAUGUUAUGUUACUAAAUUGAUUGGUUGCAACUAAAGAAAUAAUUUUCUACAUAUUAAAGGCAUGGGAGUCCCAGGCAAGGGAGGCAAGCAUGCAGUUCGUUCAUCUGGAGACAUGGAACCAUCUUUAAAGAAACCAAAACUUGAACCCGGUACCUCCCCCAUCACGCCAACAAGACUGUCGACAAUUUCUCCGUCCCCAAGAUCUAGAAAUGGAACCACCCCCGUUCUGGAUCCUCUAGCCACACCGUCCCGGACGUCGUCAAGGAUUGCCUCUAUGACGACCGUUGUCUCUGAAGAUGGGCGAAAGCGGCUGAAAAAAUCUGUCUGAGUGAGAUAAACUGUCAUUCACCGAAUUGAAGGUUUCAGUAUCUUUUUUUAAAAUUUAUGGAACAAUAAAUGAUCCAGUGUUGGGACAAUAAAUGAUCCAGUAAUGUGUUCUUGAAAAGUAUCUAUCUUCUUUUGGGCUUCCUUUAAAUGUUACGUUAAUGCCCAGUGGUUUGUUGAAUCUCUCUAAGUUUUACUUAACACUAAUUUCAAACAGCUUUGUACGUGUGGGAUCUCUGGGUAAAUAGAGAUGACGUAUAGAUCCAUAGUUUUGUAAAUUCAUGUGCCAGUAUCACUACUGAAGACCCUUUCCAAAGGGAAAAAUAACUGCUGUCACCUGCUGAAUAUUGAUUUACUAUGAACUGUUCUAUUUUCUCCUCAUAUUCCUGUUUCUGUCUGAGCGGAAAAACUUUUAUGAAUAGUUCGGAUAAUUUAUAUUGCGAUGUAUAUAAUUUUAAUGAUUUGUUAAUGUACUGGUUUAUUUUAAAUAAGUGUUUUUAUUUGAGGACUUGUCUGUUUGAUCAAUAACAUCUACAGUGUUUUAGGUGGGG